CUCCACCAGUAUGGCCACGACCUGUUCCUAUACCACAGCCAGCUUGUCCACCUCCAGUAGUCCUCCCUGGAAGAGCUUAUCCAGUACCGGUACCUGUUCCUAGUGAUCCUGUUGUAAUCAGAGUACCAGUACCCGUUCCAUCGCCACCAGAAAAAAUAUAUGUACCGGGUCCCUCGGUACCUAUGCCAUAUCCCGUUAAAACACCAUACCCAGUACCGUAUGGUGUACCUCGUCCUGUCCCAGUACCAUCACCUCCAAGAUUGAUUCCAGUGCGAGUUCCUGAGCCAAUUCCAGUACCAGGACCGACAAGAGAUGUACCAGUUCCAUACCCAGUUCCAUCACCACCUAUUCGCAUACCUGUUCCAUCCCCACCAGUACCUGUUCCGUACCCAGUGAACCGCUACAUACCCGUACCAGGCAAGGACAGAUUAAUUCCAGUGCCAGUACCCAUCAGCCAAACGAAGAUUUACCCAGUGCCAGUAAUCAUCUAUUUAGAUCCGUUAUGUAGAGUGAAAUCACCAUUAGUGCCCUUCUUCUAUCCUGGCGAUUAUUGUAGCGUACACGUUUGUAAGGUCAAAUACAAUUUUGUAUACAUCGAAACGAAAAUCGCCGAAGGAUGCAAUAUAGGUCUUAAUGACAUAUCAGCUCACGCCAACGCUAAUGCAAAUGCCGGCGCUUACGGUGGUUUCGGUGGAAGCUCCGCUCAAGCUGAUGCUACUGCCAACGCUCUUGCAGGUGGAUGGGGAGGUCUAGGCGGUCUAUCCUCCGCUCAAGCAGAUGCUUCUGCUAACGCUCUUGCAGGUGGAUGGGGAGGUCUAGGCGGUCUAUCCUCCGCUCAAGCAGAUGCUUCUGCCAACGCUCUUGCAGGUGGAUGGGGAGGUCUUGGUGGUCUAUCCUCCGCUCAAGCAGAUGCUUCUGCUAACGCUCUUGCAGGUGGAUGGGGAGGUUUAGGCGGUCUAUCCUCCGCUCAAGCAGAUGCUUCUGCUAACGCUCUUGCAGGUGGAUGGGGAGGUUAUGGCGGUCCAUCGUCCGCUCAAGCAGAUGCAUCUGCCAACGCUCUCGCAGGUGGAUGGGGAGGUCUAGGCGGUCUAUCCUCCGCCCAAGCAGAUGCUUCUGCUAACGCUCUUGCAGGUGGAUGGGGAGGUUAUGGUGGUCCAUCCUCCGCUCAAGCUGAUGCUUCUGCCAACGCUCUUGCAGGUGGAUGGGGAGGUUUAGGCGGUCUAUCCGCCGCCCAAGCAGAUGCUUCUGCUAACGCUCUAGCAGGUGGAUGGGGAGGUUAUGGCGGUCAAUCCUCCGCUCAAGCUGAUGCUUCUGCCAACGCUCUUAGUGGUGGAUGGGGAGGUCUAGGCGGUCUAUCCUCCGCCCAAGCAGAUGCUUCUGCUAAUGCUCUUGCAGGUGGAUGGGGAGGUUAUGGCGGUCAAUCCUCCGCUCAAGCUGAUGCUUCUGCCAACGCUCUUAGUGGUGGAUGGGGAGGUUAUGGCGGUCCAUCGUCCGCUCAAGCAGAUGCAUCUGCCAACGCUCUCGCAGGUGGAUGGGGAGGUCUAGGUGGUCUAUCCUCCGCUCAGGCAGAUGCUUCUGCCAACGCUCUCGCAGGUGGAUGGGGAGGACAAGGCGGCUUAUCUUCCGCUCAAGCUAAUGCUGCUGCUAACGCCGCAGCUAGUGGUUUUGGCGGAUGGCCUUUAGGUGUUGGUAUCAAAAGUGCAGAAGAAUGAAAAUAACAACGAAUAACAAUUAACGCUAAAAAUAUAAACCGAUAACUGGGAUCUUUACGUUGACAUGGCUAAUAAACUGGAAUUGAAGAUGUUAAAAUAAGAUUAAUAGCAUUGUAAAAUAGAUAUUAAUGCACGUUUUUUACUUAUACAAAUAAAUUAGUGGGACAAAAA